UCAUUUCCUUUUGAAACCAUCUCCGAGAGUUUUGUCCAAGAUGGCGUCAACGCAGUUAACGGAUGAGGAGCUUUUCUCCGAAUUAAAGCACUUUGGUUUCACUCCAGGACCGGUUACCGAAAACACUCGGCCGGUGUAUCUGAAGAAAUUGAAGAAGCUUCGCGACGAGCAACAGCAGCGGGGCUCCAGAGCCGGUAAAACCCGUAGCACCGGGGCCAUUCACAGCCCCAGCGGCGGAGGCAACACGGCGGGACCCAGGCCAGCCAGCCAUGACGUCACGCACCUGAGCUCCAGCAGGAGACCGGGCAGGAAGUCCUCCGUCCUGGGCUUCAGCUCCGACGAGUCUGACGCUGAAACUCCAGUCAAAAGAAAAGGCCGACAGGCAGACAGGAGCCCUGGGUUCCCACAACAUCCGAAGAUAAGGCCGACAACACCGAGUGUAGCUAACAAGAGUCAGUAUGGCGCUACGCUAAAUAGCACACAUUCUUCCCCGGGUCCGGGCAGACAGAGGGGAGUCUCGCUGGGCUGGGGGGUCCGGGCCAGAUCGAGCCCUGAGGCGGAAGGGAAGGAUUACGAUGAAUCGGGGGACGAGGAUGAUAAUGAGGGGGAAAUAGAGAAAAACUCUCGCUCUUUAAAUGGUUGUGGGGCGUCUCACUUAAACACUAGCAAGCUAGCUGGGGAUUACUCAGACUCGGACGAGGAGGAGGUCCGGGGCCCUGGUGUCGGAGACCAGCAGCAGGAAAGGUUGGUGCCUAACGUGAGACGGAGUCACCCCAAAGCCGAUUUUGCUUUCCACGUAGUGGGCCGAGGGUCCCAGACGGGAGGGGCAGCCAGACAGGUUAACCCGCCUGAGGGUUUAAAUAUGGUCGGGAACCGGAGGGAGGAGGGGGAGGGAGGCAAGGGGAAGAGAAGAGAUUCAGACACGCCGGGAGGCUUGAGGAGCCACACCGUUUCUCCCAGGAAGACCAUAUACGUGUCCCUCGCAGAGAACCAUGGAGGAGAGGCCGGUAAAAACAACCACGUUGACGAGGAGGACGGAGCUUACAGAAGCAGUCGGUUCGCCAUUGGGUUGAGACCGCGCUUCUCCAACUACAGCAGUCUGUCCCAGACCUACAGGAGCAACCACUCCAACCACACUGCCCCCAACCACUCAUACAGCCAGGCGGUGCUGAAGCAGAAGCUGUCUGUCCCGGAGGAUGAGCUGCUCCAGCAGUUUAAGAGAGAGGAGGUCGCCUCCUCUGGAAGCUUUAGUGCUCACUACCUUUCCAUGUUCCUGCUCACAGCAGCCUGCCUCUUCUUUCUGCUGCUGGGCCUCAUGUACCUCAGGAUGAGGGGCUCUGGGUCCUCGGAGGUGGAUGAAGUCAGUAAGUAUCUGACAAGAUGAGCAAUUUAAGCUUUUCCAUUGUUUAUCCCCUGAGCAUAAAGUGUGUAUGUAAACAGAGCAGCUGAAUACACA